CCAGCAGUUUGUUCGUCCAUUUCUUCAGGAAUAUCAUUAUCAGAAUUAAGAAGUGAUUCUGCAAGUGCUAACCAUCUUCCUAAUUCUCCAAUUUCUUCUGGUAAUGCAGAAUCUAAAAGCCAGACCCAUUUUGAUAAAAGAUAAGUAUGAGGUGUAGAAAGCAAGUAAGAGAGAAUGAGAGAUAGAAGAGACAGAACAAAUAAAAUCAAGACAGAAACCACGUGGAGACGUCAGAUUGACUGCAUGCAAAGUUCUCAUCAUCUGCCUAGACAAUAUGCACUCAAAAUAGACAUGUGCAGAAAUAGAUUCCGGACUUUGGAAUGCAACAUGGACUGAUAAAUUAAAACGAGAUUUACUAUUUAAAUAUGACAAAUUUGCAAGACCUGCACAACAUUACAACACAACACGUGUUUAUUUUGGAAUGACCAUCUUUCAUAUUUCAAUGGAUGAAUUUAAAUCUGCAAUAGGAGUCCAAGCGUGGGUGAGAAUGCUUUGGAUGGAUGAAAAACUUAAAUGGAAUUCUUCAGACUAUGGUGGUCUUCGUAGAUUACAAGUCGGUAACCAUGAAGUUUGGCAACCAGAUAUUAUUCUUUAUAACAGUGUUGCUGUCUCGUCAAUUGAACAUUACGGAGAUACUCAUUGUCAUAUAUAUGAAGACGGAACAGUUCUUUGGGUUCCACCUACACAAUUUCUUGCUCUUUGUGACCUUGAUCUUCGACUUUGGCCUUUUGAUACUCAAACUUGUUCACUUAAACUUGGUUCAUGGACUUACCCUGGUAAUCAAAUUGAUUUGAGGCUUAGUAAUUCAUCUCUAGAAGGAGCAGUGCACUUGAUACAAAAUACAGAAUGGAAAUUGGUUGAAAUUACUCGACUAAGGAAUAUUACUACAUAUGAAUGCUGCCCUGAUGAGCCAUAUAUUCAUCUCGUUUUUACUCUUACAAUUAGAAGAAAUUCACCACUUUAUAGUUCUGUAUUUAUUACUCCAACUGCAGUUAUAGUUAUCAUGAGCUUAGUAAAUUUUUGGUUGCCUCCAAAAAGCAAAGAAAAACUUAUUAUGUGUGGAUGCAAUGCGCUUAUAACUUCAAUAUUUCUCAUUUAUUUUUCCAAUAAGAUACCUCCACAUUCAUCUAAUGCUCCAUUAAUAGUAAGUUUUUAUAGUGGCUGUCUUUAUCAAAUAAUAAUAUCCUUAGUUAUUUCUGUAUUAGUAAUAAACUUAUCCCAACGACCUUACUGUAAGCCACUUCCACGUAAUAUAAAAAAUAUUCUUGUCAGCUGGACUGGAAAGUAUUUGGGUCUCUCUGAUCUUAUUCACGCAAUUCAAGCUUCCUAUCCAGCAGGUGAGCAAGAGCUAAGAGAAAGUCACAUAAAUGAUUCUUCAGUAUUUGGAUCUAAUUCAUUGAAUAUUAAUUUAGAUAAUGGUGAUAGAGAGAAUAUUAUUUCUCCUACGACAAGCGUAGCUCAACUAGAGUGGAUAUUAUUAGCAACAGCCAUUGACCGUAUCUUUUUCAUUAUAUUCUGCAAUAAUUUUGGAUUGAUGGCUAUUACUUGUUUAUCAUAAAAUUUAUAAUGAUUAUAAUAUUUGUAAUAGUUACUUAUAAUUAGAUAUUUAAAUGAUUUAAUUAUAAAUCAUACUUUACAAAA